AGGAGGAAAGUGUCCAGUAGACGUGAACAGUGGAAUACGAUGGCCCAUGACACAGAACGGUCCCACAGUCUACAGGCCAUGCACGGAGGCUGGGUCUAUUUUCCGUGCUGGGCCCAAGGCUUCCAGGAGAUGUAGUGGCCAAGGAGUGUGGGAGGAACCAGAUCUGACCUCAUGCACCAUAGCUGGCACUGCCCACCCAUUUCUCCUGGUUUGGUUUGUGAUUGAUGCUGAUCAUCACCCACAUGAGCUGGAGCAGACUUUUGUCGACAGUAUGAAGGACAUCCUGAAUUGUAAUGGAGUUACCUACAAGAAAGUGAUUCUCAGCUCAGUCUACAUUGCCAGUUUGGCUCUCACAUUCCAAGUAGAUCUAGAUGUAGAAGACCAGAGCAACAAUGUCUCCCGGUUUACCUCAUUUGUUAGCAGCUCUGCAAGUUUCUCUAGCUUCAGUAAUUACUCUGUCAAGGGCAGUGGAAGAGGGACACUUGGUGUCACAGUUAAAGACACCUGUAUGUGCUCUUCAGCUAAUCUUGGAAGCACACUACAACUGUGCAGUGGAGCAGCACUCAGUCCAUGUGAUUGUGACGGAAAUUUAUGCAGUUGUCAAGCACCAUAUUUUAUCGGGGAUGGAAUGAGCUGCACAUUGGACUCUGACUUUGACGGCUAUCCAGACACACCACUGGACUCUCCAUUGUGCGAGAAAAACGGAGAUUCAAUUCUUCCAUCAUACUGCAUCCGCGAUGUGUGUCCAAAUAUCACUAAUCCUGAACAGAAUCCUAUCGCCUGUGAACCUAAUGUCCCACCUGAGAAAGAGUUCAUGGGAUGUCCUUACGGUCCCGAUAAGGCUGAGGAUACUCUACCUGGAGCCAAUGACAAAAUAAAUGAUUUGAGUCCAGAGCUAGUGAACAGGAGUGCAGUGAUUACACAACACCUGAUAAUGGCUACAGACAGCACAGGGAAUGUUAGACUGCUUCCACGAGACCUUGAGGUCACCAAUUACGUAGUCUCACAGGUGUUAAAUGUCCUGGAGACCAAAAUGAAAGAAAAAGUUGAGAGCCACAGUGAAUCAAACCAAGAGUUGGUGGAUGUUUUUGACAAUAUUCUGGAUGAGAGAAGCGAGAAGGGUUGGACCCAGCUCCAGACUGUGGACUCUGGGAGCCAGACUCUGCUUCAGAAUGCUGAGAGAUAUGGAGCAUACCUUGCCUCUACUGUUAAUGAUACCACUGAGUCUUUGCUGCUGGACAGGAAGAACAUUGUUGUAACAGCUGGGGUUGUGAAUGGAUCUCAGCUGGAUAAGAUGGGAAACUUUUCAGUGGAGUUGAACAAAAGAGCCCAGAUCAUCAUUCCAACAGACUCUCUUGCUGGACUUGGUAUAGGCACCAACGGAACAAAUAAUAAUAUUUCAAUGGUUCACAUCAUCUUCAGGAACAUUCAAGAUUUCUUACCAAGGAGCACUGCAGCGUUAAGCAACAAAAGGGCUGAAUCGCUAGUGCUUUCAUCUCAACUGGUUGGAUUUGGAACAGCAGAUAUUCCAGAUAAUUUCUUCAGGGAUAACCCUAUCAUACUCAGCUUCUCACUCACUGCAAAUUUGACUAACCGGUAUGUUGGAGUUUUUUGGAAUUUUUAUGAUCCGGUGGGUAGUGGUGGGUGGAGCUCAGACGGGAUCCAGGUAAUUAGUGCUGUAACGAAGGGGAACACGACCACAGUUGUAUGUAGCUCCACUCAUCUCACAAGCUUUGCUGUCCUGGUCGAUGUGGCUGGAGGACUAGAGGAAGUCUCAAAGGAAGAAGCACUAGGUCUGCAAGUUGUCUCCUACAUUGGCUGUAUCAUAUCCACCAUCAGUCUUUCCAUCACCGUGCUCUUUUACCUGGCCAUGGGGAGAAAGCUGUUUUCUGCUGUUCACUACUUUGUCCACCUCAACCUGUCCAUAGCACUGCUGCUUGGAUGCAUAGUUUUUAUGUUUGGAAUUGAGCUUGGCAAAAAUAGCAAAGCAGGUUGUGGGUUUGUGGCAGCACUGUUGCAAUACCUAUUCCUGUCUGCCUUCUGCUGGAUGAUGUGUGAGGGGAUCAUGCUGUACCUCAUGUUGAUUGUGGUCUUCACCAGACUCUCCAAUAAAUGGUGGUUCUUCAUGAUACUCGGAUACUGUCUUCCUCUGUUGUUUGUGUUCAUUGGACUGGUGGCACGCUCCAAGUACUAUGGAGUACGUGGCAAAGAUGGAGAACUUGCAUUCUGUUGGCUCUCCACCGACAAAGGCACCAUCUUUGUGUUUGUGGCACCAAUGAUAGCAAUCAUCGUUACUAAUGCAGUGUUCCUGGUUCUGGCUCUCAAGGUAGUUAUGCAAAGUGAGAACCAGAAUAAGAACAAGAGGAGGUCUAUCAAGCAAGCAGUGAAACUCCUGAAGGCAGCGCUCAUCCUGCUGCCUCUACUGGGAGUCACAUGGUUGUUUGGACUCCUGACUCUCAACAGCAAUACCACAGUCUUUGCCUGGCUCUUCACCAUUUUCAACUCACUCCAGGGAGCUGCCAUCUUCUUUUUCCAUGUAAUCAGGAGCAAAACAGUGUGGAGCAAGAUAUCCCCGACUGGGACCGGGGCUGACAUUGAUAAGAAGGACCUGGGUCCCAUACCAGAGUCCAGUCCCAACACUGCUUCAGAGGGUCAGAGUUCAACAGAAACCAUGGAGAUACUACCAAACAAUAGAGAGUCUGGCGGAGGAGUGAGGUGGCUGAGUGAUGAGACAAACACAAACAUGGGCAGAAAAAAGGAUGUGUACAUGAAAGUAGUUAUGGAGUAUAAGCAGAGUAUUCUGGCAAAGCAGACAAACGAGGGAGAGAUGGAGAGCACAGAAUAUUCUGACCGGAAAGGUCUGGAGACUUUACCAGAAGAAGUUAGUGAUUGUGAGGAUAGCAGUUUUGUUGGCGAAAUUCACCACCAGCCCUACCACUGGGGGAAAAUUCCGGGCAAAUGAUGUCGUACAGUUUAACCUAUCGUUCUUAUGAAACUUACAAGAGUACCACUUGACUUUUAAUAGCUGUAAUGACUUUAUUGUGUUGUAGCACUAAAUGUAUCAGACACCGGUUGUUUU